AUGGAUACCAUUGGAUUCGCCGACUCGUGCGAAAUCAGCAGCACUGACUUCUUCGCCGCCGCUCCGGCACCUACAGAUAACACCGACUCAUCAAUUGUUUAUCCGGCCGAAUCUCUCACCGGACCGGACGUAUCGGCGCUGCAACUCCUCUCCAACAGCCUCGAGUCCGUUUUUGACUCCCCGGAAGCAUUCUACAGCGACGCAAAAUUCGUUCUCGCCGGCGGACGGGAAGUAUCCUUCCACCGUUGCCUUGUCGCAGCGAGAAGCCCCUUCCUCAGGAGCGCUCUAGCCGCCGAGAAUCCCACUGCCGCCGCCGCCGUGAAGCUCCAGAUGAAGGAGAUUGCGAGGGAUUACGAAGUGGGAUACGACUCGGUGGUUGCUGUUCUGGCGUACGUUUACAGCGGCAGAGUGAAGCCGCCGCCGAAGGGAGUCUCCGAUUGCGCAGACGAGAACUGCUGCCACGUGGCUUGCCGUCCGGCGGUGGAUUUCAUGGUGGAGGUUCUCUAUUUGGCUUUCGUCUUCGAGAUUCCGGAGUUAGUUACACUGUAUCAGAGGCAUUUACUUGAUGUUGUAGAUAAAGUUGCGAUAGAGGACACAUUGGUCAUCCUCAAGCUUGCUAACAUCUGUGGUAAAGCUUGCAAGAAUCUAAUGGAUAGAUGCAGAGAGAUCAUCGUCAAGUCUGAUGUCGAUUUCGUUAGUCUCGACAAGUCCUUGCCUCAGCACAUUGUCAAGGAGAUUCUCAAAAUCCGUAAAGAGCUCGGCUUUGAAGUACCUGAGAUAGAGAAACAUGUCUCCAACAUAUACAAGGCGCUUGACUCGGACGAUGUUGAGCUAGUCAAGAAGUUUUUGAAAGAAGGCCACACCAGUCUAGACGAUGCGUAUGCUCUUCAUUUCGCUGUUGCGUACUGCGACGUGAAGACCGCGACGGAUCUCUUGAACCUUGAGCUCGCGGAUGUGAACCGUAGGAACCCAAGGGGGUACACGGUGCUUCAUGUCGCUGCGAUGCGGAAGGAGCCGGAUCUGGUACUGUCUCUGUUGACGAAAGGUGCAAGAGAAACAACGUCUUCGGAAGGUAGAACCGCUCUCUUGAUCGCAAAACAAGUGACUAAGGCGGCUGAGUAUAACAAUGUCCCUGAGCAAUGCAAGGUUGCUCUCAAAGGCAGACUAUGCGUGGAGAUGCUUGAGCAAGCAGACAAAAGAGAUCCCUUCCCUGGAGAUGUUUCUCCUUCUCUUGCAAUGCCUGGCCAUGAACUGAAGAUGAGGCUGCUCUAUCUUGAAAACAGAGUUGCACUGGCGAAACGUCUCUUUCCAAUGGAAGCACAAGUUGCAAUGGGUAACGCUCAAAUGAAGGGAACGUGCGAGUUUAUAGGGACAUCACCGGACCUAAAGAUAGCACCUUUCAAAAUCCUAGAAGAACAUGAAAAUAGACUCAGAGCGCUUUCUAAAACCGUGGAACUCGGGAAACGCUUCUUCCCGCGAUGUUCGGCAGUGCUGGAUCAGAUCAUGGACUGUGACGACUUGACUCAGCUGGCUUGCGAAGGAGAAGACACUCCUGAGAAACGAAUACAGAAGAAGCAAAGGUACAUGGAGAUACAGGAGACUGUGAAGAAGGCCUUUAUUGAGGACAAGGAGGAAUUCGGAAACUCGUCUCUCUCAGCUUCGUCUUCUUCCACUUCGAAACCAACCGCUGCAAAGAAGAGGUCUAAUGCUAAACUCUCUCAUCGGCGUCGUGAGAGACUCUUGCGGUAA